GCUGGAGGCUCACCACCAUACCAAUGAUGACUGCUUGUGCACUUGAUGACAGUAAUCACGCCAACGGGUAGCUGCUGGUAGGGAGUAAUCGGCAAGUUAGGACAUGGCUGACCGAGUAUUACUCGGCCCCCGCCAAGGUACCUAUCCAUGGAUGGGUGUGAUGAAAUGCAGGUACCGGAGCGGGCCGCCGUCCAAGCCUUGCAUAGAAGGUGAGGAUACCCUACCUACCUACCUAACUAGGUCGUCACAUUUAUUAGGACACUUAUUAGCACGAAACGCAGCAAUUACGCUGUCCAUCUUGCCUACCUUGCCCUACCUGGUGAGGCUCGCCUAUCCAUGGUUGUCUUUCGCUUGGCUCGACGUCGGUCAUGGAACAGAAACGGAUCGUGGUAACGGCACUCGCACUUCUCAUUGGUGCGUUCAGCAGCCGCGCUGGUGCAUCAUCGUCGAAGUGCCGGUACCUGCCUGGGGACGCGAAAUGGCCAAGUGCAGCUGCGUGGGCCCAACUCAACCACACCGUUGGAGGGUCACUGAUCGCAGGUCGGCCUCUGGGUCGGCCUUGCUUUGAGCCGGGCUUUGAUGCCACGGAAUGCGCUGCCAUCAAGGCCGAAUGGACAUCCCUGGACACCUUUCUUGCGGAUCCGGUCAAUGUCAUGUCACCGUACUGGAUGAACAACUCAUGCAACCCCUUCUAUGGGCCCAGCGGGGCAUGUACUCUCGGAAAUCUCGCCGUUUACGCCAUCGAUGUCCGCAAUGCUCAGGAUGCUGUUGCUGGCGUGCGUUUUGCCCAGGCCAACAACAUCCGACUCACCAUCAAGAAUACGGGCCACGACUUCUUGGGACGCUCGAGCGGUGCGGGAUCCCUGGCAUUGUGGACACACAACAUCAAGGACAUCGCCUUCUUCAACUACCGCGGCCGCGACUAUGCCGGACCCGCAGCGCGGCUUGGCGCGGGCGUCCAGUACUCCGACCUCUAUCCUGUCGCCAGCGCACACGGCCUUCGGGUCUUGGGCGGAUCCUGCCCGACCGUGGGCGUCGUCGGAGGCUUCAGCCAAGGCGGCGGCCACGGUCCGCUCUCGGCCAAGUACGGUCUGGGUGCCGACCAGGUCCUGGAAUGGGAAGUCGUGACCGCUGACGGCAGGCACAUCACUGCAUCGCCUUCGCAGAACGCCGAUCUGUACUGGGCCUUGCGCGGCGGCGGAGCCGGCAACUACGCCGUCGUGCUCUCGGUUACUGUCAAGGCGUAUCCAGAUGGCCCGGCAGCCGGCGCAGGCUUCACGUUCGCCAACGAAGACGAGAACACCUACUGGGCGGCCGUAUCGGCGUUCCUGAAACACCUCCUCGUUCUGGACACUCUCGACGGCUACAUGUCCGGCUUCACUCUCACAGCGCAACAGUUCGCGCUCGACUUCGCCCUGCUGCCCGACGCCGAAGCGGCAGACGAUGUCACCGGCCCGCUCGAGCCGCUGUUCGCCGAGCUCGACGCGCUCAACGUGACCCUCGUGAGCAACCGAGCCAGUCUCCACCCUAACUUUGCCGACUGGUUCGACACGUGGGCAAAGCCCAUCUACUACGGCACCAACGACUCCGUCGGGGGCCGUCUGAUCCCGCGGGCCGCAGUCCGGGACAAUCUCCCGGCCCUGGUGGCCGCCUUUCGCGACAUCGCGGAGAACAGCAGCGCCGUGGGCGGGUCGGCGCUGAACGGCGUCGCCGUCAACGUGACGGAGGCGCGCGUGGGCUCAGCAGCCGCGUCCGGCGCCAGCGCGGUGCUGCCUGCCUGGCGCGAGGCGCUCUUUACGCUCAACUUUGGCAUCCCGCUUGCCGAGGACGCGAGCUGGGAGACCAUCCGCUUCGGGCAGCGAUGGAUCAACGAGAAGCAGGACAGACUGCGGGCGGUAACCCCUGGCGGGGGCACGUACAUGAGCGAGGCGACGUGGGACAAUCCGCACUGGAAGGAGGACUACUUUGGCGUGAAUUACGAGGCGCUACGCGCUGUCAAGGCCAAGUACGACCCCGAGAAUCUCUUCUGGGCAAAUGCCGCGGUCGGGAGCGAUGCCUCGUGGGAGCCUGCGGCAGAUGGAAGACUCUGCAGUAUCUCGGGUAGUACUAGUCACUAAGUACCGUCACCAUGAAUGAGCACAAAAUUCCUUGUGGGUUUUUGGCAGGCAGAAUUAAACGACUCGUGGAAGGCACGUGUGUCUGCGUCGAGGCGGCAGGACGGGUGUGGUCGGAGAAUACCUUUAUCGCGUUA